UCACAAACACACACACCUCCCCACCAGCUCCUCCGAGUGCCUAAUACACUGGAAAAUCAAAGUGCGAGCCUCCCCCGUUCACACACUCGGCGUUGCGCGUGGAGCACAACACAGAGAGGUGCUUUCACUCUCCUCUCCAUUCCCGUUCUCUCAUCUUAAGUAUUCGGUAAAGUUGUCUCACAAGUAGAUGUAGCAAACUAAAAUCAAUAGAUUUUUGCCUUUGCUGUUUAUCUGAUUUUCCCACCUGCCAUAUUUACUCUUUAGCUGUAGAGCUGAGUGGCUUUAUGAAGCAGAAGAUGUCUUGGUGAGGUGAUUUUACGCACGGCGCCGAAAUGGAUCACAGACUCUCCAGAGGCAGCUGGGUACCAGUGACUGGUCUGGUUAUAUGUCUGCUUCUGUGUGCGUGUGUGGUGGACCUGGUUCUUGCUCAGAUUCGGUACUCCAUUCCCGAAGAGCUGGAGCAUGGAGCGUUUGUGGGCAACAUCGCUGAGGACCUGGGUUUGGAUGUGACCAGACUGUCAGCCCGUCGGUUUCGCAUUGUCUCCGGUGCAAAGAAGCAGUAUUUAGAAGUGAACUUGGAGAAUGGAAUUCUGUUCGUGAACGAAAAGAUAGACAGAGAGGAGCUGUGUGAACGAAGCCCGAGCUGCUUUUUGCACUUACAAGUGGUUAUUGAAAACCCAUUAGAACUGUACAGAGUGGAAGUGGAGAUUUUAGACGUGAAUGACAAUUCUCCCAGUUUUCCAUGGAGCGAGUUCAAUCUUGACAUCACAGAAUCCGCUGCGCCCGGCUCCCGUUUCCCGUUAGAGAGCGCACAGGACCAGGACGUGGGCACCAACUCUCUGCGCUCCUACCAGCUAAGCGCAAACGAGCACUUCCUACUGAAUAUCCAGACGCGCAACGAUGGAAGCAAGUUUGCUGAGCUCGUGCUAGACACCCCCCUGGACCGGGAACAGCAGAAAAAGCACGAAAUGGUUCUGACUGCCUUUGACGGGGGAUCACCAGAGCGCUCUGGGACAGCGUUGAUAACUAUUACAGUGUUAGAUGCCAACGAUAACGUGCCUGUAUUCGAUCGCUCAGUUUACCGGGCGAGCCUGGUGGAGAACGCACCGCGAGGAACGCUGGUGCUGAAGCUGAACGCCACGGACCUGGAUGAAGGCUCAAACGGGGAGGUUACUUACGCGUUCAGCGGGCACGCACCACUCAAGGUGCGCGAAUUGUUCAGUGUGGACCCGUACAUGGGUGAAAUCCGAGUGAAAGGCAUCGUGGACUAUGAGAAAGCCAGUGUAUAUGAACUGUACGUGCAGGCAAAAGACAGAGGGCCCUCGGCAGUGGCAGUGCACAGCAAAGUGCUGGUGGACAUCCUGGAUGUGAAUGACAACGCGCCCGAAGUCAUCCUCACAUCAGUGUCCACUCCUGUCCAGGAAGACGCGCCGCCGGGCACGGUGAUAGCCGUAAUCAGUGUCAUGGACCGCGACUCGGGAGAGAACGGUAACGUUGACUGCCAAAUUCCGAGCACCGUGCCCUUUCAGCUCCAUUCAUCGUUUAAAAACUAUUAUACUCUGGUGACGAGUGAGUUUUUGGACAGGGAAGCGGUGUCUGAGUACAAUAUCACCCUCACAGCCCGGGACUUGGGCUCCCCUUCGCUCUCCACCAGAAAAACAAUCCUCGUCCAAGUGUCUGACAUUAACGAACCCCCGCGGUUCUCUCAACCUUCAUACACAGUUUAUGUGACCGAGAAUAAUGCCCCGGGCGCUUCCAUUUGCUCUGUAACUGCGUUCGACCCCGAUUCUAACCAGAACGCCUAUCUGUCUUAUUCUAUUCUCGAGGGUCAGAUUCAGGGCAUGCCAGUGUCCACUUAUGUCUCAAUCAACUCUGACAACGGCAAUAUCUACGCACUGCGCUCUUUUGAUUAUGAGCAACUUAGAAACUUUCAGAUUCUAGUGCAGGCGCAAGAUGCUGGCUUCCCUCCUCUCGCCAGUAAUGUCACAGUGAACGUCUUUGUUUUAGACCAGAACGACAACGCACCUGUAAUUGUAUCCCCGCUGCCCAAAAACGGCACGGUGGCCACAGAGGUGGUUCCGCGGUCAGUAGACGCGGGGUAUCUGGUUACCAAAAUAACCGCGUUAGACGCAGACGCGGGGCAGAACUCCCGGUUGUCUUAUCAGGUGUUGCAGGCUACAGACCCGGGGCUCUUCAGUGUGGCUCUCUACACGGGCGAAAUCAGGACUAUUCGCCGCUUAGUGGAAAAAGACGCAACAAGGCAAAGGCUGGUAAUAUUAGUCAAGGACAACGGACAGCCGCCGCUCUCCGCCACCGUCUCCAUUGUCCUCACAGUAGUAGACAGCGUGCCCGAGUCGCUGUCAGAUUUCGGAGACCUCACACUCAGCCCUCAGCCCCCCUCGAACCUCGCUCUCUACUUGAUCGUGUCACUGAGCACAAUAUCUUUAAUAUUCCUGGUGGCUAUUAUCGUGCUGGCAGCGGUCAAGUGCUACAAGGACAGCGAGACUCUCAGCGGGUACAACCUGCCCCCGUUAGCCUGCUGCUGCUGCUGCGGGGGCUUUCAGCCGGAGCCGCCCCCGGAGGUGUUCAAAAAAUCCAACCUCAACCUGCAGAUUUCAUCCGCCGCCAAAGUGCCCACGAACUGCAUGGAGCCGUGCAGCCCGAGCAGCACACCGAGGAACAACGAGGCAAAGAGCGCAGAAAACUCGUGGAACGCGCAAAGCCGGAGCGCAUCUGUGAACAACGGAGCAACUACUCCCAACGAGCUGAAGCAGCCAAACACAGAUUGGACUCUCACAAAGAAUCAGAACUCAUCUAUUAAAAGUUACAACUCUAUCAACAUGGAUGGCACCCUCAUGCGUAAGGCCAUGCACGCAGACCCAGAAAAUUAUGUCACCUCCAUGGCCCCUGGACAGUACUGGACCUGGGGAACUCACAUGAGAGGCAUGAAAGACUAUAAGAUGUCACCUUCACCCAGUGGGCUCCCUUCUCGCCCCUGGACUCCUCGCUGCACACCUCCUCCUCAACAGCAGCAGCCAUCGAUCCCAUCCCACCCACAUCCUCACCCUCCGCCAGACUACCACCACAAUGUCUACAUCCCUGGGACACCAUCAGGCUUUUGCACCCUGAGGCCCACCGUGCAGCGAAGUGAGCUGGACGUCCACAAUUCCUUCUCCACUUUUGGCAAGAAGCGACGCCUUCAAAUGUCUCCCCAAGGAGAGGCUGCGAUGAUAAAUAAUGACCUGUACAAUGACUGACAUUUCAACGAAUGCCUAAAUGGAUGAUUAAAAUGAUGGAUAACCUAAAAUGAAAACAGAGGGAGAGAACAUUCAGUACAUAAAUUAAUGAACAUAUGAUUUAUAAGUGGUAUGAAAAGUAGAGAGGAGCUGCAAUUCACUUGGAAAUAGACAUAAUGGAUGGACAAUCUGUUUUCGCUGAACGGCUGGAGGGAAAUGUAGUCUGAUGGCUAUUUAUGUGACAUGCCACUGCAACAUCGUCAAUGUGUCUGUUAUCAUUAUUAUUGUUAUUAUUAUUAUUGUUAUUAUUAUUUAGACAAUCAAACUGGAGCAGCAGUUACAUCCAAAAUGUUUUGAAAAGCAUUACUGGACAAUGAUUUUGCACAUACUUUCGGAUUUAUAUUUUUUGGUUAUAUGAAAAGAAAAAAAAGUGUUUUUUCUUUUUUGUAUGUGUGUUUGCUAACACAGCUUGUGUGAAUAUGACAAAUAGUAUGUUAAUGUAUAUGCAAGCUGCCCCAUGACGCAGACUACUGUAAUGAUGGGGGGGAUUUUCCCCAACAUGUACUGUAUACAUUUAUGAAAAUAAAGUAUUUUUUUCA